GCUCCAGCCCCUCCCGGAAGCGCCCGCGGAGCAUUCCCGCAUGGAGCGGGAGCCGAGCGCCUCGGAGGCCGCCCCACCUGCGACCGCGCUCUUCGCCUGGGGUGCAAAUAGCUAUGGGCAACUUGGCCUUGGCCACAAGGAAGAUGUGCUUUUGCCCCAGCAACUGAGUGAAUUCUGUAAACCUGAAUGUGUCAAGAGGAUCACAGGAGGAGGGGGCCACUCUGCUGUUGUCACAGAUCAAGGAAACCUUUUUGUUUGUGGCCUGAACAAAGAUGGGCAACUGGGGCUUGGUCACACCGAGGAUGUCCUUUAUUUCACCCUCUGCAAAUCCCUCCUUGGCUGUCCCAUCCAACAGGUGGCCUGUGGCUGGGAUUUUACCAUUAUACUUACAAAAAAUGGUCAAGUUCUGUCAUGUGGGUCCAACUCCUUUGGCCAGUUAGGAGUUCCUCAUGGGCCUCGAAGAUGUGUGGUCCCCCAGUCCAUUGAGGUCCAGAGAGAGAAGGUUGUUAGUAUUGCUGCUGGACUGAGGCAUGCGUUAGCUGCAACAGCUAGUGGCCUCGUGUUCCAGUGGGGAACUGGUUUGGCAUCAUCUGGACGGCGGUUGUGCCCUGGGCAGACGCUCCCACUGUUUUUGACAGCAAAGGAACCGAGCAAAGUGACAGGCCUAGAGAAUUCUCGAGCAGUAUGUGUUCUUGCUGGCUCAGAUCACUCUGCUUCCCUGACAGAUGCAGGAGAGCUGUAUGUUUGGGGAAGCAACAAACACGGGCAACUCGCUUCCCAGGCUGCUUUCCUUCCUCUACCCCAGAAAAUAGAAGCACAUCGUUUUCAGAAUGAAAAGGUGGCUGCUGUCUGGAGUGGGUGGACGCACCUGGUUGCUCAGACAGAAACUGGCAAGGUGUUUACCUGGGGCCGAGCGGACUAUGGUCAGCUGGGGAGGACGUUGGAGUCUCCUGAAGGCUGGAAACCGAAGAAGCAAGCUUCAUCCUUGCCCUGCUCCAGGCCAGCGAUGGGUGUGCCUUUGUCCCUGCCUUGCUUAACAGGAGCGACUGAGGUCUCUUGUGGCUCAGAGCAUAACCUGGCAGUGGUUGGUGAGUGAUGAUGAAGGUCUAAACCAGCACAGGAAAAGUGAAGAUGGAGAAGAGGAAACAUCCUCUGAGCUUUUCCAGCAGAGUCUGCAGGGCUGGGUGACAAAGAGCUAAGGACACAAGGCAGAACCUCAGCAGUUGUUGGGACGCUGCAGAGCCAGGCCCAGGCCACAUGCCUCCAUCAGAGCUGCUCCAAGGACCAAGCUGUGACUCCUUAGAUUCACGAAUUUCUGAAGUAUGUCCUGCAGGGGCAGAGAGCCAGGGCCAGCUGGUGCUGAGUCACCCACUGGGCCUGGUGCUGCCAGGGGCCCAAAUCUGUACCCAUCUCCCAGAUGACAGCAGCUGCUACAUCCCAGACGCGGGUGGCUCCAGGCUCUACAAAGAGUCAGCCUCCAUCUCCCCAUAAUCAAGCCACAGAAAUCUUCCCACGACGGUCUCUCCUCCUUCCCAUGGGGUCUGAGAGCCUAGAGAAGAAUCCCACCGGAAACCCGAGAGAGGAGAUGCGAGGGCCCUUUGCCUUCUCUUUGAUCGCUCAAGUCCAAAUGAGGCGUCUCCAUUCAUACAUUUUUAUGGAAAUCCACACAGAAACAAAGACUGCAGAGGUUUUUGCAGUCUCAGCCUUGCAGGAGAGGGCCAAGCUGGCAGGGGAAGGCCCAAGGGGCCCCUUUGAUGGAAUUGGAGAGCCUACUGUGCCUUUUUAGAGGGGAGUUUGGUGACGUGGAAGAAUCUCCAGGCAGUCUGGGUUUACAGCUUAGCUGUGCCCGGUACUAGUGUUGCAGCUGGAAUAAGCAUUAACCUCCCUGAGUUCCUGUUGCCUUGUUUAUCAAGUGGAGAUACC